CGGGGCGGGGCCGGGCGGGGGGCGCGCGGCGGCCGUUGCUAGGGGCAGUCCCGGGUAACGCGGGGCGAGGGGCGGUGGGAACCGCGGCGGCCCCUUCCCCCCGGCACCGCGCCCAGACCGGCCUUCCCCCGCCCCGCCCCGCCCCACGGGGCCCGGUCCCUCCCUGCGGCUGCCGAGGCCGCGUCCCCCAGCCCGAGGAGUCCCGGGUCUGCCUCCCGGUUGCUCCACCGCGAUGGCCUCCAGCCGGGAGGAACCGAGGAGCGGCUCCCCGGACCGGGCAGGCGCCGGCACCGAGCCAUCGCCCAUGGCUGACCUCGCUCAGCUGGACACGGCGGAGGAUUUCGAGGUCCUGGAAGAAGAAGAAGAAGAGGAGGAGGAGGAAGAAGACCUGAGCGAGCUGCCCCCUCUGGAGGACGUGAGCAGGCCGCCGGCCCUGCCGCGGGAGGACACCCGGCCCUCGGAGCAGGGUGGAGGGGAAGCGUCUGGGGAUGCCCCAGAGUGGCUCGAUGUGUUGGGGAGCGGGUUGCUCAAAAAGAAGACGCUGGUGCCAGGCCAGGGGGUGGACACUCGUCCCCACAAGGGCCAGGACGUGACCAUCCGCCUGAAGGCCACGCUGCAGGAUGGCAGGGUGGUGGAGGAGAACCCUGCCCUCACCUUCACGCUGGGGGACUGCGACGUUCUGCAGGCUCUGGACCUGUGUGUGCAGCUCCUGGAAAUGGGAGAGACAGCUUUGAUCGUGUCAGAUGCCAAGUAUUGCUACGGUGCUCAGGGCAGGAGCCCUGAUGUACCCCCAAACGCGGCCCUCACCCUGGAGGUGGAGUUGCUGGCAGCUCAGGAUGCUCCAGACCUGGAGCUGCUCAGUGGGAAGGAGAAGAUCGAGCUGGCCAACCGCAAGCGGGAGCGCGGCAACUUCUUCUACCAGCAGGGAGACUACGUGCUGGCCAUCAACUCCUAUGACAUUGCCCUCAAGGUCAUUGGCUCCAGCUCAAAAGUUGACUUCAGCCCAGAGGAGGAGGCCGAACUGCUGGACGUGAAGGUGAAAUGUCUCAACAACCUGGCAGCCUCUCAGCUUAAAUUGGACCAUUAUGAGGCAGCCCUCAAGUCCUGUAACCUGGUCCUGGAGCACCAGCCAGGGAACAUCAAGGCUCUCUUCCGAAAGGGGAAGGUCUUGGCUCAGCAGGGAGAAUACAGGGAAGCCAUCCCCAUCUUGAAGGCAGCGUUGAAGCUGGAGCCUUCAAACAAGACCAUCCACGCUGAGCUCUCCAAGCUGGUGAAGAAGCACACGGACCAGAAGAACGUGGAGACAGAGAUGUACAGGAAGAUGCUGGGGAAUCCCAGCGCUGCCGGCGCUCCGGGGAAGUGCAAAGACAAACUGCCCUGGUCCAUCCCUUGGAAGUGGCUCUUUGGUGCCACAGCCAUCGCGCUGGGCGGCGUGGCCUUGUCCGUGGUCAUCGCAGCGAGGAACUAAGGAUGGAGGGGGGCAGCCCCGCGGCACGGGACCGGCGCCAGGAUGUGCCCCCCUCCUGCCACCGGGCUUCCCCGGGGUUCCACCCACCCCUUCCCACGGACUCGCAGUUGCAGAAACACAGAUGCUUUCUUUGCCGGAGACGCCAGAUCCCCCACCUGACGUCCCCCCCGUGUCCCUCCCGGCACAGGUGGGGACGGAGCUGCGGGCAGAGCACAGACCCCUGAGCACCCUCGCAGCGAUGGGGGGCUCAGCCCCCAGCCCCGAGUGCAGCGGGGGGUGCAGGAGCUCCUGCACGCCGGUACGGCGGGGCUGUCCCCGCCCGGGAAGCCCCGGUGGGUGCCGUGGGAGCCAUGGGAGGUGCAGGGAAGGAAGCCGUGUGGAUCCAAACCAGCACGGUGGUGUCUGUGGGCAGGGAAGCAAGUGCAGGUGCACAGCAACAUCCCCCGUGGCCUGGGAGGCUGCUGGCAGCUCAGCUCUCCCCCAGACACCCCCUCCCUCCCUCAGCACUUCCCCGCAGGGUGCAAUGUCCGAAGGAAGCCAAAGAUCCCCGCGGAGGGAGGGGAGCAGGAGGGGAGCUCCAGGGGCCCCUCACUGGGAUGUCUUUUGUGGGUCCAAGCUCUGGGGGGGGUGGUCCCUCUUUACCCUGCAGCUCUCCCCAGCCCCGGGGCCAUCCCUGCCGCUGCCCCAGCUCUGCUCCCAGGGGGUUUAGCACUGUCCCUCCUGCCCCAAACCAACUGUGAACUACCCAAAUAAAGAACUAUUCCUUCA